UCUUAGCUUCACUAUCACACGCUCACCGGUCACCACUACCUUUAAUUCAAACUUCAAACUUCAAACUUCAAACCUCUCUCUCUCUCUCUCUCUAUAGAGGCUCUCUUCUUUCUAGCUUCAUUAAUAGCUUUGCUGAUACAGCUUUUACCGCCCAGUCCAUGCCUUUCCAAAAAACAGAGCAUUUCUCAUUCUCUCUUUAGUCGCUGAUUUACCUCCCAGUGUCUGAUAUUUGCAAAGUGGGUUGGUUUCUCAUGGAGUUCUCCCAAACGCUAGCUACUCAGAUCCUAUAAGAGAAGUAGCUAAGUGAUAGCGUUGUCUUUGUGUAAAGAUAUCAAGAUCACAAGCUUCAAGCUCCUUUUGAUCUCUCUUCUUCUAUCAACAGUCUUUAAGCAAAUCAAAUGCCAAGAUCAAGGGGAACCGAAAUGCCUCAGAGGCAGUCUCCUCGAGGCCCACAUCCACUCAGGACAUCAAGUUCUGAUUCUGAUCCACUGCAUCAUCGACCAACUACCGAACGGAGUCCCAAGCUAGCAGAUCGUCGGUCCCCAAGAAGUGCCCAAACUGAUUCGCUAAGCCAGAAGAAACUUGGUACCCGCAUUGCGGAUUUGGAAUCUCAACUUGGGCAAGCACAGCAAGAACUAAAGAUUCUAAAAGACCAAUUGGCUUCAGCUGAGGCUGCCAAAAAAGAAGCUCAGGAAGAAUUGGAGAAGAAAAGCAAGAAGCCAGUUGUUCCUGAACCAGUGGAACUCCAAGGAAAGGAUCCUCCUACAGAAAUUCAAGAAUCUAAGAAAAGCAAGAAGCCAGCUGUUUCUGAACCAGUGGAAAUCCAAGGAAAGGAACCUCCUACAGAAAUUCAAGAAUCUAAGAAAAGCAAGAAGCCAGUUGUUCCUGACCCGGUGGAAAUCCAAGGAAGGGAUCCUCCUACAGAAAUUCAAGAAUCUAACUGUAUCAAAAAUGAUACCAGUGCUCCAGAUGAGAAACAGCACGAAACUGAUGUUUUUGAAGUUCCAGUAGAAAAAGUGACUGUUGUUGAGCCCAAGAUUGAACACACCCACCUUACCGAUCAGGUUGAAACGGAAACCAAACCCAUUGACGUUUCAACAGAGCCACCGGCAAAUCCAGGGCCGGAGAUGCCAUCCUUCCAUGACUCGGCUCUGACUAACAAUGAGAUACAUAUACUAAAAGCCAAGUUAGAAGAGAAGGAAAAGGAACUAGACGUGUUUAUUCAAGAAAAUGAGAACCUGAGAAACCAGCUGAUUGAAGCAGCUUUAAAAAUAUCAUCUGCUCAAAUCAAAGAAGAAGAAACGGCCUUGAGGUUGAGCCAACUGGGAGAAGAGCUGAAAAGAAGUGAAGCAAAUGCAGCUCAGCUGAGUGAGAAGAUGAAAGCUGUGGAAGAAGCAAAGGAGGCAUUGGAAGCCGAGAUGAAGAAGCUGAGAGUACAGACAGAGCAGUGGAGAAAAGCAGCGGAUGCUGCAGCAGCAGUACUUGCUGGGGAUAUGGAGAUGAACGGGAGGAUCUAUGAGAGAUGUGUCUCCAUGGAUAAGCAGUUUGGUGGUGUAUUUGAGCCACCAGCUGGUGGUGGAUACUCUACUUUUGGCGGAUCACCCAGGAUGGCUGAUGAUUUGGAUGAUGGUCCUGGAAGUGGAAAGCGAAAGGGUUCUGGAAUUAGAAAGUUGGGACACUUGUGGGGAAAGAAGGGCCAGAAAUGAGACUCUCUCUAAGGUGAGUCUAAAACCUGCUUCACUCUUUCUAAGUAUGUAUAAUGGGGGACAGAAAUAGUUGCUUACUAUUUCGCAUAUGAUGUGCUUAAUGUUUUAAUGGUUUCAUAAUUUUCUCCAU